GGAGCGGAGGGCGCCUCGUCUGCUCUUCACAUGUCGCUGCCCCAUCAUCUGUCUGGGAAAACACCGUCUAAUGAACAGAAAAGCGUCCGUUUUGUUGGGGGGAUUUGCCAUCCGAAACCGAUCGGCUCUGUCUGCGUGAAAUAGGGAAUGAACGACGAGACAGCAUCGGACAGCUGGAAGAGAAACUCCGGGUGCUCCAGCCUAAUGGAUGUAUUCAGGUUCAUAUCAGCUGCUGUCAGAUAUUGUUGGAGAACACAGUGAGGUUCUCUGGAUUUGCGGAACCAGGACUUUUGGAGAGGCACAAGUUGGGAGUACUAUUCAAACUCCCUUCAGAUGUCUCAAAAUCUUUUGUAAUAUAGUAUUGAGCAAAUGCUGGCUGUGAAUCCCGGAAAGACGCCCAUCAGUCUGCUGCAGGAGUAUGGAACGCGGAUAGGCAAGACCCCAGUGUAUGACCUGCUGAAGGCCGAGGGACAGGCCCACCAGCCCAACUUCACGUUCCGCGUCUCCGUCGGAGAGAUCAGCUGCACCGGCCAAGGGCCCAGCAAGAAGGCAGCCAAGCACAAAGCAGCCGAGGCUGCUCUGAAGAUGCUCAAAGGAGGUCUCGGAGGUCCCGCUGGAGUUGGUGUUGGAGUAGACGGGUUUAUUGGGGUUGACGUGUCUACUGAUGGAGACGGCUCCCAGUCAGAGAUGAAGACCUCAGGCAGUUCUCAGCAGUCUGAAUGUAACCCUGUGGGGGCUCUGCAGGAGCUGGUGGUGCAGAAAGGAUGGCGUUUGCCAGAGUACACGGUCACUCAGGAGUCUGGUCCAGCACAUCGCAAAGAGUUCACCAUGACCUGCAGAGUCGAGAGAUUUGUGGAAAUUGGAAGUGGUACGUCCAAGAAGCUAGCCAAGAGAAAUGCAGCAGCUAAGAUGUUAUCGCGUAUACACGACGUCCCAGUAGACCUGAGGACCAGCAACGACGCCGACGCAGAGGAUGACACGUUCACCAUGCACAUGGGGAACAGAGCCGAGUCGGGCAAAAGCAAAGGCUUCAGCUGCACGUGGGACUCUCUGCGUAACUCUGCCGGAGAGAAGAUCCUCCAGCUCCGCAGCCACCCUCUGGGCAUGCCCUCCGACUCCAACUUCUGCUCCCUGCUGAGUGACCUGUCUGUCGAGCAGCGCUUUGACGUCAGCUACCUGGAUCUAGAGGAGCGGAGUCUGAGCGGCCUGUGUCAGUGUCUGGUGGAGCUGUCCACGCAGCCAAUCACAGUGUGCCACGGCUUUGCGCCGAGCAUAGACGCAGCUCGAGCCAACGCAGCCCACAAUGCACUGCAGUACCUCAAAAUCAUGGCCGGAGGGAAGUGACCUUCCUCCUCACAGACUCGAACUUGCCGCUACGCAUUGCCAGGAUAGUGGACGACGGAGGCACUUUUGCGAUGAGUUCAAACACCAUGAAUUACCUCACAUUUGGAAAUAGAGACUUUUUCUGUCAGAUUUACCCCCGGAGCGCUUUUCCACUCACUUUUCAUUUCUAAUUGUUGCCAAUGAACAUUUAGGUGCCCAAAACUCAUAUAUCCUCCUCUCCUCGCCAUUUUGCAUACUCGUCACAAAUUAUUUUAAAAUGCAAUUUCAUUAUUUUUAUUCGUUCUUGCUCGUCAUCCAUACACAGCGCUGUGUGUUCCUAAAAUGUAAAAGUUGACAAAGUCUUUAUCUGAAAUUUUAAAUGGUGCUUUUGUGACGAGCUCCCACAUAACUGGAGAAGAUACAUUUUGGUGCAAUGAAAAAGUGCCACAGGUCAAAGAGAUUUGUUGAAAUUGGACUACUCGCCAACCACGGAUGGACAUGAAGAAAAAAUAACAGCCAAGCUGCUGAAUCAAGGAGAAAGAGACUCUGCUGAAUAAAUAUCAGAGGAGAAUUAUUUUAAAGACUGCCCCUUUUACACAUGAGCUCGUAUGAAUGUGGCUUUUCUUGUAUAUUCAUUUGAAAUCCCUGGAACUCAAACUGUCUGUGAUGUUCUCAGUGUUUGGCCUUAAAGACUAGAAGUUUGGACGUUUUCAUUUUAAAAAUCAGUUCAAGAUUUCAACCAGUCAAAACUUAUUUGAUCUGUACUUAACAGACAUUUUGAACUCAUUAGGUUUAUUUGAAAUGAACCCUUUCUAAUCAUGUUACUCUUUGGCAUUUACUGACAUAGAAUCGUGAGGAAGAUGAGUCGACUCAGGCGAUGGGAAAUUAUAUGAAUUGCUCGUAAAUGUUUGUAAUGUUGCUUCCCCAGGUUGAUGACUUUCACAUCACUGUAGGAACUCUCAACACGAUCAUCAGAAGCUUUUUCAUUUCUGAACACUAUGAGAGAAAAUAAUCAGAUUAUGUCUUUUAGUUGUGAGGAUGAAAAUUCUCUCACAGCAUCGAAAUUAGUCAUCUUCUCUAUCACCCUCUGCAUUAGGACAUGUGUAAAUCCAUUUACAUAUUACAUAUUCUAAUGUGGAGUUUCAGUGUUUUUAAGCCCAGUAUUACAUCAUUUAUAAUCAUCAUUUUCUUUUCUCUUUUCCGUCAACGUGACUGUGAUUCCUGUAAUGACAUUUGAAAACCGAUCACGGUGAUUUUCCAGAUUAUUUUCUCAGACUACCUGUGUCAUAAGGUUUCAUAUCUGUCCAUGUACUGCUUUGCACUCUGCUGGUAAUAAGUACUGAAAACAGUUUGCACUACUUGAAAAGAUAAUGUCCUUUGCACAAUGCAGCCUGACCACGUUUCUGUACAUCAGACACUGCCUGUUCAGUCCAGUCGCUUUGUCUGAUGUAACACUGACCUAGUUUCCUCUGAAAAGGCAGAACUGCAUCUCAUUGUUCUGAUUCCUGAAAGGAGGAAGUUUAACAGCUGGUUUUUAGUGAAUUUUUUAGGUGCUGACACCGUUGACGUCAACACUGACAUUAUUAAAUUUGAAAUAGACUUUGUCAUUGUAGAAAAUGAUGCCCAGUUUUAAAAAAAAGCAACAAUGAACUAAAGUGUGAGCUCCAUGUGAAAUUGACUUUGUUUCCAAUAAAACAUUUUCUGUAAAUUUUA